AUGGAAACAAUACCCAGUACUUCGAUGACGGGCAACUCGUUGCUAAAUUUCAAGAUCGUAUUACUAGGCGAAGGUGCUGUGGGCAAAACUUCAUUGAUGUUGCGUUACGUAGAAAACAAAUUCAAUCCGCAACACGUAUCAACACUGCAGGCUUCAUUUUUGAGCAAAAAACUUCACGUUGAUGGUCAGGUAGUGGAGUUGAAUAUAUGGGAUACAGCCGGACAGGAAAAGUUCCAUGCACUUGGUCCUAUAUAUUAUAGGGGCAGUCAUGGUGCUCUUUUAAUUUACGAUGUUACCGAUGCCCAUUCUUUUGAAAAGGUAAAAAUGUGGGUAAAGGAACUGAAACGUAUGUUAGGUGAUGAUGUUUAUUUGAUGAUUAUUGGAAACAAAGUGGAUUUAGAACGAAAUCGAAAUGUAGAUAUCAGUGAAACCACUGGAUAUGCAAAGUCAAUCGGUGCGGAACAUUUCGAAACUUCAGCCAAAGACAACGUUGGUGUAACACAAGUUUUUGAUUACCUCGCGAAAGGUUUAGUUGAACGAGCCAGACAUUCUCAGUUCCGAGAGACAGAUGUAGUGUUACAUGAUGGUGCCUCACGCAGGAAUGACUUGUUGAUUAUUGAUGAUCCACCUCCCGUCAAAAAGUCGUGUUGUUCUGGAUAA